UGCACCAAAUGUGAAGCUCAGCAGGCCUGUACUGUGCUGUGGUAACAAGAGAGGAAGGAAGUGUACUGGAGGUCAGGAGAAGAAAGCUCGCAAAAGGAGGAAUCGUGCCGUUGUCGAGCUUCAUCUCAAGGGAAACGCAGAGGAAAAUAAAACGUUAUAUAAUCCCAUCAGGAAAGGAAAAAGGAGUUGCCUCUGGGUGAUAAUUUUUUUUCCACUUCACACAAUGUUUUUUUUCUGCUGAGAACCCCCCCCCACACACACACACACACCAUUGUCACUACACUGUACAUGGACUUGAUUUCUUUACUCCGCACCUUUGUUCUCAUCGAGGAGAGCUACUUUGCACAUUUCUAUCCAUCCCUGCGAUACUUUUUUUUUAAAAAAGAGACGAUGACGGACAUAAAGAAAGAAUUCCUGGUGAUUUUUACGCUGCUCUACUGUAAGGUGAGUGCAGUUAAACGACUGGAUAUGGCCCCGGACGCUGUGGACAACUUGUACGAAGGCUGUCGGGAGGACACCGUGGCGAAAUUAAUCCGCUCUGAUGUGCUAAAACAAGAGCUGAGCCAAGACAUUGGUUUCCAGGCAGCUUGGAGCGACAAGUGUUCCACGCUGCUGCCGGGAGGCGUGAAGGAACACACCGCCGCUCUCUUGGCCUAUGCUAACGGAAACCGAGGCUUCAAGAAGGCCUUCAACGACGCGGUGGAGACCAUGGGAGUCAACGCCAGCACCUACGAGGACCGCUUCCAUUACAAGUCCCUGCACUUCCUACUCACGGACGCCAUGAGCUUGGUGAGGCCGAAGACGUGUAAGAAUGUUUACAGAGUGUCCGAGACUCAUUACGAGGCGGAAAAGGGCGCCCGGGUGAGAUUCGGACGAUUCACCACGGUCCAGUUGGACGUGUCCAUGAAGGAGGACGUGGAGGGCGGCGUUUAUUUCAACAUCACCACGUGCUUCUUCGUCAGCCUGGAGGGCUUCUGCGGCCUCAUGGAGGACUACGCCAUCUUGUCCCCCGCCGAGGAGUUUACGGUGGAGGAUGUCAAGCAAGGACCUGAUGGCGACUACACCGAGAUCAUUCUGAAACACUCGAAACUGAAGGCUAAUCACGACUGCUAUGCUGCAUCACGGGCCGCGGCAGUUAGCGCCCAGUGGCUCACGGUGAUGGCGCUCGUGUGCUUUUUCCUAUUUGGGACGCUCAGCCAUUAGCAACUUUGCUGCAUGUACUGGGUCCCCCCCCCCCCGUUGUUCCAAGCUCAUAUACAGUAUAGUCGAAUCUUUGUUCGCAUUCGAGAAGGAAUAGAUGCGCUGGAAUGUGAUUCUUCCCUUUUCUUGCUUUAAAAUGUAUGGAUACGAUUGCUCUUACGAAGUCAAUCCAUACAUUUAACUGACAUACCGUGGUGAAUAAAGGUGUUGAUUACUAA